GGCAGGAAAGAUAAUAGUGAGAAACGGGGCAGGGUUUAGUGUCUAAAGGCACAACUCGCCUUCGGAAGAACAUUUGCUCUUAUUCACAUGCAAGCUCUCUGAGUGAAUGUUUGACGCCUGUGUACUGAUUCGGAGUCCGAUCUGUUUAUAGGAGGAUGGUUACUGCUAGCGUACGACGGCGUUAACCAGUGAAGCUUACCUUCUUGCUCAACUUCGGAAACGAGGUGGAUUCAUGUACAGACUCGCAAGAACGUAGCGAGGUUGUGCAAACUGUGCCUCUGCAGGAUCCUUAUCUCAACUCAGACGAGUAAACAACCCGUGUCGUGACUUACCGUAAUCGGUGGUUGUCCACCAUAAUGCUCAUGUCAUGAGUGACUGUUUACUGCAACGUUGCAUUCAAACCCAGAAAUGCUUUCACGGGAGAUGCAUCAGAAUAUCCAAGACUGGCGUGUAGUGCACUUGUGAGACAAGUGCACGUUAUCUUCUCGAUGCCUGCUGGGAACCGUGCGUAAUGCAGACUUUAGCAACGUAUCGAGACGUCGAGCAUCUGAACAUUCAGAAGUGCAAAGAGUUAUUGUUGAUCCAACACUGAAAACAUGAGUCAAGACCUUGACGGAAUAUCCUUGUCGGUACCCUGCUUUGGUCUAAGCACCGAAUUUAGGGCUACUGCCCUAACAGGUUCCGCCUGCUGCUCGCGUGAGGAAAGUGCCAGCUGUUCCACUGCCGUUCCCGCCGCCGGGACUUUUUGGCAAGACUCCGUGGUGAGCGGAAACCUCAGUCCAAGUAUCAUGAACUGUCCCGUGGACGGCGGGGGCUUGCUGUCUAUGGGAACAUGUAAGAUGAGGGCUGUUACGGUAGCUUAUGUCGUCAACAGCGAGCUCAGUCAGCUGAACAGCGCCGAAAACAUGGCCUUGCAGUGCCUUAAAGACGCCUGUGACACAGUUGGAAGUAAACUGGAAAUAGUACAGUUUGGGAAGCUCGAUUUUGGGGAGACGAUGGUGCUUGACCAGUUUUACAACGCAGACAUCGCAGUGGUGGAGAUGACGGAUGCUUUUCGCCAGCCCUCCCUCUUCUAUCACCUGGGUGUGAGGGAGAGCUUCAGCAUGGCCAACAACAUCAUCCUCUACUGCGACACCAACUCUGAGUCACUACAGUCCCUGCAGGAGAUUAUCUGCCAGAAGAACACUACGUGCUCAGCAAACUACAGCUUCAUCCCGUACAUGGUGACGCCGCACAACAAGGUGUACUGCUGCGAGAGCAGCCUGCUGAAGGGGCUGACGGAGCUGAUGCAGCCCAGCUUCGAGGUGCUGCUGGGGCCCAUCUGCAUGCCCCUGCUGGACCGCUUCCUCCAGCUGCUCAAGGUGCCCACCGGCAACUCCUGCCAGUACUUCCGUGAGACCAUCCUCAGUGAGAUCCGCAAGGCGCGGGAGCUGUUCACGGGCACGGAGCUGGCCACGGAGCUGGGCCGCAUCCAGCAGCGCCUGGACAACGUGGAGUGCCUCUCAGCGGACAUCGUCAUCAAUCUGCUCCUGUCCUACCGGGAUAUCCAGGACUACGAGUCCAUCGUGAAACUUGUGGAGACUCUGGAGAAGCUGCCCACCUUUGACCCCAUGGAAAAUCCUCAUGUGAAGUUCCAUUACGCCUUUGCACUAAAUAGGAGGAACCUCCCAGGAGACAGACAGAAGGCCCUGGGCAUCAUGCUGCCCCUGGUGGAGGCGGAGGAGCAGGUGGCUUCGGACAUCUACUGCCUGGUAGGACGCAUCUACAAGGACACCUUCCUGGAGUCGCACUUCGCCAACACGGCCAGCAGGGACAGCGGCACGCUGUGGUUUAAGAAGGGCUUUGAGUCCGAGCCAACGCUGCAUUCUGGGAUCAACUACGCCGUCCUCCUCCUGGCUGCUGGACACCAGUUUGACGCUUCCUUUGAGCUCCGGAAAGUCGGAGUGAAGCUGAGCAGCCUUCUGGGUAAGAAGGGCAGUCUGGACAAGCUGCAGAGCUACUGGGACGUAGGCUUCUUCCUAGGGGCCAGCAUCCUCGCCUGCGACAACACCAGGGUCAUCCAGGCCUCCGAGAAACUUUUCAAACUCAAGGCCCCGGUCUGGUACCUGCGCACGCUGGUGGAGACCAUCUUGAUUUACCAGCAUUUCAAGAAGCCGUCCGGCGAGCAGCCACCCCCGAAGCAGGAGCUGGUGGACUUCUGGAUGGACAUCCUGGUGGAGGCUACCAACAAGGACGUCUCCUCAGUCCGCUUCCCCGUGUUGAUACUGGAGCCCACUAAGGUGUACCAGCCGUCGUAUCUGUCCAUCAACAACGAUGUGGAGGAGAACACUGUGUCCAUCUGGCACGUGGCUCCUGAUGACAAGAACAAGGGGAUCCAUGAGUGGAACUUCAGCGCCGCGUCGGUGCGAGGCGUCAGCAUUUCCAAGUUUGACGAGCGCAGUGCCUUCCUGUACGUGCUGAACAACUCGGAGGACUUCCAGAUCUACUUCUGCACUGAGAUGCACUGUAAAAGGUUCUGUGAUCUGGUCAACAGCCUCACAGAGGAGGCUUGGAGGGGUCCGGAGGAAGGGGAUUGUGACACAGACGCCUUGGAGUACGACUACGAGUACGACGAGCAUGGAGAGAGGGUGAUUCUGGGUAAAGGAACGUUCGGAGUGGUGUAUGCCGGCCGUGACCUCAGCAACCAGGUGCGACUGGCCAUCAAGGAGAUACCUGAGAGAGACAGCAGGUACUCUCAGCCGCUCCACGAGGAGAUCUCUCUUCACAAGCACCUCAAGCACAAGAACAUAGUGCAGUACCUGGGCUCCCUCAGUGAGAACAGCUUCAUCAAGAUCUUCAUGGAGCAGGUUCCUGGAGGGAGCCUCUCGGCCCUGCUGAGGUCGAAGUGGGGCCCUCUGAAGAACAACGAGCCUACCAUCGGCUUCUACACCCGACAGAUCCUGGAAGGACUCAAGUACCUUCACGACAAUCAGAUCGCACACAGGGACAUCAAGGGUGAUAAUGUCCUGAUCAACACCUACAGCGGAGUCCUGAAGAUCUCUGACUUCGGCACAUCAAAGAGGUUGGCUGGAAUCAACCCCUGCACUGAGACCUUCACCGGGACUCUGCAGUACAUGGCCCCGGAGAUCAUCGACAAGGGGCCCCGGGGCUACGGCAAGCCGGCAGACAUCUGGUCCCUGGGCUGCACCAUCAUCGAGAUGGCCACCGGGAAGCCCCCCUUUUACGAGCUGGGGGAGCCCCAGGCCGCCAUGUUCAAGGUGGGAAUGUUCAAGAUCCACCCGGAGAUCCCAGACUCCAUGUCCCUGGAGGCGAAGGCCUUCAUCUUGCGCUGCUUCGAGCCCGACCCCGACCGGCGGGCCACCGCCCUGGACUUGCUCACAGACGAGUUCCUCACCGUCACUAGCCGCAAGAAGCGGGGCAAGAGCAACUUCACAGCUUUGACACCAGGAUCAGCAGAGUACCUGCGCAGCAUCUCCCUGCCCGUGCCUGUGGUGGUGGAGGACACCAGCAGCAGCAGCGAGUACGGCUCCGUCUCCCCCGACAACGAGCUCAACGUCAACCCUUUCAUCUUCAAGCCCAGCACCAAGUGUUACAGCGAACGCGAUGCCAAAGGUCACCGUUCGCUGUUCCUCAGCAUCCCUGUGGAGAACUUCGAGGACCACAGCGCCCCGCCCUCCCCCGAUGAGAAGGACUCGGGGUUCUUCAUGCUGAGGAAGGACAGCGAGAGGAGGGCCACCCUGCACCGCAUCCUGACAGAGGACAAGGACAAAGUGGUGGCCAACCUCAUGGAGGCUCUCUCACAGGGCUCGGAGGUGACCAGGCUCAGACAGCAGCAUGUCUCCACCCUGGUGGUCAGUCUGGGGGACUUUGUGCGCAUGGCAGACAGGAAAAUCAUCGCCAACACCCUCUCCCAGCUCAAACUGGAGCUGGACUUUGAAAGCACGGCCAUCAGCCAGUUGCAGGUGGUGCUGUUUGGCUUCCAGGACGCGGUAAACAAAGUGCUGCGAAACCACAACAUCAAGCCCCACUGGAUGUUCGCUCUGGAUAAUAUCAUCCGCAAGGCGGUGCAAACAGCUAUCACCAUCCUGGUGCCAGAGCUGAGACCGCACUUCAGCCUGGCCUCGGAGAGUGAUCCCGCGGAUCAGGACGACCAGGACGAGGACGGGGACCUGGAGGGGCCGGCCGGCGCCCACCAGAGCAGAGGCCCUCCCUCCGCCCAGGACGACGCCGUGGUCACGUCCGGAGUGAGCACGCUCAGUUCCACCGUCUCCCACGAGUCCCGCGGCGCCCAGCAACGCUCCGUCAGCAUGGAGCUGGGCAGGAUGAAGCUGGAGACCAACAGGCUGCUGGAGCAGCUCCUGGAGAGGGAGAGAGAGUACCAGGCCGUCCUGCAGCAGGUCCUGGAUGAGAGGGAGCAGGAGAUCAAGCAGCUGAGACUACGCUCCCAGGCCAUAGACACCCCUGCAUCGCCCGGGCAGAAGCAGACCCAGACCCAGAGGCCGGACAGGAGCGGGGAUCCAGAACUGGCCAAGUGGCUCCGUCUUCACGGGGCUGACGACCACUCUGUGGACAGGAUUCUAACAGAGGAGUACACAUUGGAUGACAUUCUCCACUACGUAACAAGAGAAGACCUCAAGUGUUUGGGAUUAAGAGGUGGGAUCCUCUGUAAGUUAUGGAAGGCCAUCACAGACAACAGAGAGGAGCCUGUGUGACAACACCUCUCCGGGAAUCCUGCACUUCUACAGGGCCUCCAUUUUGGCUCAGUGUUCUUCUCUCUCUCACCACCGCACUUUAAUCUCAGUAUAUAUUAAACCUAGAACCCUGACUGGGUCACACACAGUGUUGAUAUGUUGACAACAUUGUGCUUGGCCUUUGUUGGGUUAUGAAAAUGUUAUUACUUAUUUACAAAUCUGUACUUUUACUGUAAAAGUAUGUCAGUAGCACCACUUUUUUUUUAUACACAUCAUUCAUGAUGGAGUUCUAAAAACUGGUACUUCAAAGUAAUAUUUGAAGAUACAAAGGAACAGAAUUAGCCACUGUAAAUACCUGAGAGUUCAUCUGACUUGUUGAGUGCUGUCUAUUAUCAUUUGGUUGUACAGUUUUGACCUAACUUAUGUUUACAUGACCUGAGACUGACUAUUUUCUAACACAAGCCUGAGAGACAAAAUUACAAAUAGCUUCUUUUGUUGUUGAAUUUCAAAAAUCAUGUUUAGUCCUAUCAGUCACUACUUUAUUGGGUGUGCUUUGCCUUCGGCAAGGGCACAACCUUUGUUCUCUCACAUAUAUAUUAUUAUUAUUUUUGUUAAUUUCUUUUUGCCCCCCUAAAACUCAGUCAAUAUUUGGCCUACAUAGACAACCUAGGUGUCAAAAGUUUCGUCUUGGUAGCGAUUGAGUUGCUUCUAUUGGGAUUUACGUUCCGUUGCAUGGUUUAAGUGGAAAUUAAGUUUUUGUGGCGAAAAGUGAAGCUAACGGUGGCUAACUUGCUAGCCACAGUCAAUAACGCUACUUACGUCACUAACGUCACGAAAACUCGCGUGACUACCUCUAGCAGAACAUUAGUUUAGCAGCUCGUUAACUUCUGGGAGAUAGCUAAGCUAACUGCUUUACUGCAAGGCAGCUGCAGAAACGCCACAAGCAAAGAGGCCAGGGUGAUAACUAUUUACUAAUUUUACUUUGUGAUAUGACACACAAUUGUGACGUUAAAUGUACAAUAUAAGCUGAUUUUAUUAAGGAAGUACAUCUACUUUCGGAAACAGUAGUCUACUAUGUCACUGAAGUAUUAGCAUCAUGACAUUAGCCUCUGUUGCCCGGGCAACACAUACUACAGUGGUCUAUGAUGCAUCUGUUUUCAAUCGUUAAAAUAAACAUUCCUCACAAAUACAUUUUCGUUGUAGGAUUUAUUAUGACAUUACAUUACAAGUAAACGAUUUGUGGGUGAAAUUAUCAUUACCUGUGGUUUCAAACCAGUGUUGCUCACUGCAACGCUGUAGCCUACGCGAGACACUACAAAAACAUCUACACAGCUGUAGGAAGUCAAACGGCGACAGAACAUGUUCGGCACUCCCCUUACUUAAAUCAAAAGUCUAUCUAACUACUAACCUUAACUUCAUUGCCACAGCCUAAACUUUGUCAAUCUGUUCAUGAAAAUAAUUAAUUUCAGCCUAAACCGUACAACGGAACGUUAAAUCCAAUUCAACCAACGCAAUCGCUACCAAGACGAACACAGCAGUAGUCUAGUACUGUACCGUAGUAGUACAAUUUACCGGGGCAGCUUCUCCACACAGGGCUCUAUCGCACUUGGCGUUGUUACUGACAACGAUCGCUACCAGUGAGCUUUUUAUGAAAGCGAUUUUCCACUAAAUAAAUGUCAAGCUUAUUUACGUUUUUGGGGGCAUAUUUUCAGUUAGCAGAUGGUACUGUUUGAAUCGCGAUUCCAUCUUCUACUGCCGGUAACGUCGUAGAAUAAUCUUCAAAGGAGGUUCUUUAUUCAUGAAUGAAUGCAAUAUGAGUAGGCUAAAUGCCUUAAAAUAUCACGAGAAGGGAAAAACUUAAAAGGACAUUUAAGUCAUAAAGAUUAGGUCAAUUUUUGCACCGGUCUGCCAAAUGUAUUCGUUUUGAUUCAGCUAUGAGGCUGCCUCUUGCAGGGGAAAUGAGAAGACAUCUAUUUCAUUCUACACUUCACUCGUAUUUUCAGUUGUAAAUGAGCAGCAAAUCUAUGUAAUCUCAUUUUUAUAUAAAAUAUACAGAAAUAUCAGUUGUAAAAAUGUCAUCCAAAAACGGACCCCUGUGCAACCGACGCAAGCAAGCACACCCUACAAUUUCCCCAGAAAUUGUACCCUCUCUAGUUUAAAUGUGUUUUGGGUUUUAUAUAAUGUACUUCUAAAGCCAUCUCUGCAUCUUUUUUUACUUUUCUGUGUAUUUGACAAUCUAGGGAGAUAUCAUCAGUCUUCUAUUUGAAACUUCCUUUUAUGCAUCUUGAACUUUCUUUAGACAUUCUCUUCUGGAAAUUAUAACAUGUUGAUGAAAUAGAUAAUGUAAUUGAAUUUGUAAUUGAAAAUGUCAGUUAUCUCUUUUGAAUAACAUUGUGUGACCUCAUAGGAUGAUUUCGGACACGACUGAUAACAAUUAUUUUACACAAUUGAAAAUGUAUUAAUAAUCUUUUGUUGUAUAUUUUCAAGAUAUUCUGAUACAGCCUCCUUUUGUACAUACAUAAGAUUAAUUAAUUGUAAUUUCUUUCAAAAUAUAUAUUCAGUAUAUGUUAAUCAAACCUAAAACAUUGUUGUAUCAAACCUGCAAAUUUUCGUUGGUGUUUGUAAAAGCAAGAAUACUUACUUCCUCACCACAAAUAUCAUAUCCACAUCCUUAGAUGGCUUAAUUAAGUAAGCACAAUUUAAUUACAAAACCCUUUCUGGUUUCAGAUGUUUUGUAUGUUAGAUAUAUAUGAUAUAUGUCCGCAUUGUUUAAUAUGUAAUUGAUUGACGAUUUGUACAAAUAUCCAUAUGU